AUGCUGGUUUCACUGGAUCCAUCUCACGGACACAAUGCGCCUCUGAAUGACCGUGAAACUAUGAACAUACGCUUCAAUCAUGGUGCUCAAAACACGGUUCCCCAUCGGGAUUCACAUCUGAGCCGACACCAGCUAAGUAGUGUCCGACUACCCAAUACUCGCUCCACGCAAAGUUCGCAUUGCGAUCAACCGGCUCAACGGAUCAACAUGUCUCCGGGACAGAAUCCGCAAUACAACAACCACAACAACAACAAUCACACCAACAACCACACCAAUAAUCAUACCACCGCCAACAACAACAAUAAUGGAAAUGUUUAUGGAGGAAAUCCUCCUCCAGCAGUAGGCGGAGCUCCUCAACAAUCCCAACGCAACCCUAACGGUGCUGGUUUCUCAUAUCAUCAAUAUAAUAACAGAGGUGGUGGUGGAGGUGGAAACUACUAUGGUAGUACUAAUGGUGUUGGCAUGGCUGGCAGGACAGGAUUUGGAAUGCCAAGGGACGGCACACCAGUUCAAGACGUUCAACUCAGCUCUACUAACUUGUACAUUAGGGGAUUAGCCCCAGAUACUUCUGAUGAGUACUUGAGAAAUCUAUGCAAGCAGUACGGUCAAAUCGCUUCAACUAAAGCUAUUAUGGAUAAGACGACUGGCUCAUGUAAAGGAUACGGUUUCGUUGAUUUUGAAACACGGGAAGCCGCUCAGAGAGCUGUUGAGGAACUCAACACCCGUGGAAUUCAAGCUCAAAUGGCUAAGCUGCAACAGCAAGAGCAAGAUCCUACAAAUCUAUACAUUGCCAACUUACCGUCUCAUUAUAAUGAGCAACUAUUGGAAUCGGUCCUUACUCCUUAUGGUAUGGUUAUUUCCACUCGUGUUCUUCGCAACGCUGAUGGUCAAAGUCGUGGAGUUGGAUUCGCUCGUAUGGAUUCUAAGGAAAAAUGUGAAGAGAUCAUAGAAGCUUUGAAUGGUCAACGUCUCUCUGAUAUGUCAGGAGAUCAUCCACCUCUCUUGGUUAAGCAAGCAGACACUGGAAGAAAAUCUAACAGAAAGCGUAACGAUUUCUCAAUUGAAAUGGGAAUGUUCCAACAAGCUCAACAAUUCAUCUCUCAUGAUUAUAUGGGUCGUAUGGGCACUAUGCCUCAAAUCUAUGGACAUCAGUUUGUAAACUACGGAGGAAUGGGAUACCAACAGAUGAGCUAUCCUCAACCUCAACACUCUCAGUAUGAUACCAGCGUCAAUGCCGUAGUGAACCAGAUGAGCAAUGUACAAAUCAGCAACCAAGGUGCUUCAAACAACGAGAACGCUUAUAUGUACGGAACACCACCACAAGGACAACAGUUUUUCCUUAACAACAGAAAGAACGGACCUAACAAUACCAACAACAACCAUCAGAGCGCUUACUCUUCCGUUCAGGGAGAUGAACAUGAGUAUAGAAAGCAUGCCGGCCAGGUCGGUCCUCAAUAG